UUUGGUAUUCUUUGUGGUGUUUUGUGGAUUUCACGCGGCUUCCUUAGAUGAUAUAAGAUCUUAAUUUACAAGAGCAUACUAGUAGUUUGAUUGCAUAUGGUGAGACCGAACAACGGGACCUUAGACUUACUUUAAAAAUAUAUUAUGUUAGCGAAACUCGACAAAUCACGACUGGUUGUUUUAGUACUUACUGGUAUACAUUUUUAUCGGUGUCAAUGUGCCGCCUACUUGUGAGUCCGGACUACUUACUGGCCCUUGACACAAGUGGAUGAAAUUACCGGUAUAAGAAGAAUAACGAUAUUGGUUAUGAUUGUUAACAUGUCGUGCAUACUCUAACAUGGAUAUCACAUUCUUGUUAAAAGUGCUAUUGACCCUAUUGUUUACGCCGGAUACCGCUGUCGCUAUAUCACUUCCGGGGAUCCUGUCGCCCGACGCCUGCCUUCCAUCGGGCGAUGACGGACCGCUGGCAGCCGUUUGUUACUGCCGGAAGCAGCAUAACGUCACUGACCUUGCCAGUCUAUGCUUGCAUGUAGACGCGUUAAGCGACUGUGUUGCGGACUACAUUGUGGUCAAUUACACCGGACGUUCCUAUCUAAGCCUCGUCUUUGACCAGGCCGGCUUCAAGAAGACAACAAAAUGGUUCUGCACCCACUUAAGAGACAACCGUGAACUGUGUGACCUUCGGAAGGAUGAGUGUGACGCCAAGUUCAUCUCGAUUCUUCGUAACACUUCUUACCUGAACCAGGAACAAGCAUGCAUGAUUUCUGAUUACCUAGGGCAGUGUCACUGGCAGGCGCUGCGGGGAUGCCCGGGCCGUCCCCGCCAUAUGUGGACGCGCCUCGCCCAGGCCUUUUCUCACCGAAACUGCACAAAGUAUGGUACAGUGCCUGCCCACAGGGACUGCGGGAAGAUUGUCAAGGCUUACCUGCCUAAACCGAUUGACGUUACCAACUACGAACAGUGCAUUGAUAUGGCGGCGACUACCUGGGAAUGUAUGGAGCUGGAGCAGGUGCGCUCCCUGCACGCGACCGCCAUCUGGGAGAUGAUGGAGCGCGAGGUGAAAACUUACAUGCAUUUCCAGCGGGUCGUCUGCAGGCUCACCACACAGAGAAAGAUUUCCUGCGAUGAGAGUUUGCGGAAGUGUGGGGACGGGUAUUACCAAUCGUAUUUGAAGCAGACGGACAUCCUGAAGCGUGGGGAAAACGUGACCGUGCAGGACGUCUGCAGUGUCUACGAUACAAUGGCGUCUUGUAUAGUGCUGGCCACUAACAAGUGUCCGGUCGCCAGGCGCCAGGAACUGGCACGCUUCUGUAGCGUCAUGCCGCGCUCUUGCCACUGCCCACUCAACCAUGACGGUUCCUAUACGGAGCAGCAAGCAGUCACCGAAGCCUCAUCCAGUGCUUCCAUGCGAACAUUGUUCCACGUCGCAAUUCUAAGAAAACAUAUCAUAGUUGUAUCCGUGUUAAGCGUUUUUAUUCCUUAUGUUUUUUUGUAAUAAGUUAUUUUUAAAUAGUUGCCUUCAUGAAGUCCUCUUUAAUGUUUGUUUACUUAGCUAGGACAAUCAGAACCAUCAGCUAUUCAGCGAUGUUUAAGCCCGACAUGUGUGUAAUACUUGUUCUCAACUUACUUAUAAACUCCACCAAGCUCAAAAUGGAGAUCGAUACAGUUGAACAUUUUGUUGUUCCGGGGUAUAAACGAUUGGCUCAGUGUGUCUUUGUAAUAAAGACAGGGAAGCACACAAAGGACAUCGUCUUUCAUAAAGGUAUUGCCUCAGUAUGGCGCUGGAAAAGGAAAACAAAAACAAAAAUACCUUGUCUUUUAUAGGUGUACAAUAUUAUUUUUAUGUAAAAUUAUUCUCGAUGACUUAUGAAUUAUUGUGUAUAGUCAUGAAUAAUGCCUCUUCAGUCGUUCUCGGAAGUUUGAGUACAAGCACAACGAUGCUUAUUGCAGUCCUUAAAUGCGUGUUAGUGGUCAACAUAACAUUUUGUCGAAUGAGAAGGCAGUGUUCGUCAGAAGGGGCGCAUAUUAGCAUGCAUUUAGAUAUAAAACAUCUUAUAUAGCCAAAGCUGACAAUUAUAUUUGAAUAAUUUGCCUUAACAUUUAGGCCAGUAAAUCAACAGUCAGAUGUUAUUGACUGUAACCAGGUUAGGCGGUAGAUAUAAACAUUGUUAGCAGGUAGUUUACAGAUUAUUUUGUAGACUUAUAUACGAUAGAUAGUUUGUACUUACACCAAAUAAACGGUUAUGCGACUGCUUCGAAUCAAACCAUUACACAUUAUUCAACCAUUACAUAGCGUGAGCAACAUAAACUUGUUAAACUGGU